GAUUUCUAGAGAUGAGGUUGGCAAUGCCGGUUACCGGUAGCUACACCACGAUCGGAGGGGCCGGCCGCGCCAUUGGGUUUUUACGAAACGGGCGGUGGGGGUAACAUCCGUUGUCGCCGACGUCGUCGUCGUUCGGCUAGUGGCGGGCAACACGCAGGUCUGCCUCGUUAUUUUUUUCUCCUUCUCUCCGCCUUUUCCACCGCAGUUUUAACCGUCGGCCGCGCGUUUACAGUGAGAUAUUAUAUACUAUACACACGCGUCCGUCGUUCCCUUUGUUUUUUUUUCCGCACAUACUCGCGUGGUGCACACACAUAUAUACAUUCGAUUUCGCCCCGCUACGCACUCGGCGGCACACCACAUACGUACGUACCCGAGCCGUCCGAUUAUAUACAUACAUACACACGCACACGCCGACCACGUAACGUGUGCGCCGCGUUCGUUUAAUAUAAUAUUAUAAUAUAUACACAUAAUUUGACUACCGACACCCGCCGCGUAUCAAACACACACCGCGACCAACAGUGCCCAGUGUACGCGCGUGUGUGCGUCACGUCUGGUGUCCGAUCGUGUGCCGAGUGUAUUAUCCGUGUGAAAAAACCUGCACCAUUCGCAGUCCGGCGGCAUGUCCGAAAACCGCGCGGGCAACAAUGUCGGCUGGGGCAACCGAGACGACCACGCGGCCGCUGCGGCCAACCUGUGGUGGGGCARCAGCCAGGAACAGCAGCAACAGCAACAACAGCACAUGCAGCAGCAGCAGCAGCAGCAACAGCAACAGCAGCAGCAGCAGCAUUUGCUGAACCAGCAUCACCAGCAGCAAUUGGCCGCCGUGGCAGCGGCCGCGCAGCAGCAACAGCAGCAGGCGGCUGCCGCGGUGUCCGCGGCCCAGCAGUUCUAUAAGAUGGCGUCGUCGUUCAGCCAUCAGCAGCACCAGCAGUUGCAGCAGCAGCAACAGCAACAGCAGCUGAACAACACCGGCGGCGUGUCGACCAGCAACAGCAACAGCAACGUGUCGACGACGGUCACGAGCAGCUCCAGGAACCCGAUGGCCAACUACGCGGACAGCUACGGUAUCGCCGCCGCCGCCGCGGCUCAAUGGUGGUCGUACCCGGGAGCCAUGGACAACAACAUUCAAAAUGUGCACAACGUUCCAUCGCCAAACUCGAUCAUGAACCGAGGGAAAAUGCCUAGAGGAAAAGGGACAGAUGCGAAACCCAGAGGUCGUAUGACCGCGUACGCGUUCUUCGUACAAACGUGCCGCGAAGAGCACAAAAAGAAACACCCUGAUGAGAAUGUCAUUUUCGCCGAGUUCUCGAAGAAAUGCGCCGAAAGGUGGAAGACUAUGAAUGAGAAGGAAAAGAAAAGAUUCCAUGAGAUGGCUGAUAAGGACAAGUUAAGAUAUGAUACUGAAAUGCAAAGCUAUAUUCCACCCAAGGGUGAAAAAGUACGUGGUAAAAAGAGGAAGCAAAUCAAGGACCCUAAUGCACCAAAACGUUCCUUGUCUGCUUUCUUCUGGUUCUGUAAUGAUGAACGUGGAAAAGUUAAGGCUGUGAACCCAGAAUAUGGUGUAGGUGAUGUAGCCAAAGAAUUGGGCAAAAAAUGGUCUGAUGCUGAUAUUACAGUGAAACAGAAGUAUGAAGCAAUGGCAGAAAAAGAUAAAGCCAGAUAUGAAAGGGAAAUGACCGAGUACAAAAACAAGGGCAAGCCUACCUUGUUACAACAACAACAACAACAACAUCAGAUGUUGGUACAGCAACAACAACAAAUACUUGCACAACAACAACAGCAACAACAACAAAUGAUGGCAGUAAAAGAUGAAAGUGACGAAGAUGAUGAUGAUGAAGAUGAUGACGAGUGAUCUCUUUCAGAUUCACAUCAGAAUCUUUUUUUCUUUUCGUACCUCGAAAAUAUUAAUUUUAAAAUUUGUAAAUACAAAUAAGUUAAUUUUUAAGUUAUAGAUUAAAAAGUAAUUUUGUACAGAAGAACUGUAGAAAAUUGGUUUUGUCUCAACAAAAAAAAAAAUAAUAAUAAUAAAUAU